AUGGAUAACUCAAGAAUACAUUUAGUGAAAGUUGUUUUAAGACCAGAUGACCUGGCUCUAAAUGGGUUUCUGACAGUGACUGUCAAUAUUGGCUUGUUGGGAAACUUUUCAAAAUUGGAAUUCCAAAGUUCAGAGAGACGUGUACAAAAUGGUGUAAAAGGACCGAAUAUGGAGCGGGCGGGUCGUCGUGCUAAGGCGGGCUCGUUGAGCGGGCUGUCGGGCGGGUUGCCGGGCGCGACGCCCAAUGUUCGUCGGCAGCGUUCUCUCGAGUGGUCAGGUGAUCGGUACAGCAGCAGCGACGAGGACCGCCCGCAGAAACCUCCACAGCUUGAUGACAGAGUCUUCGCCUCGCUUCUCGCUCAAGCCACUCAGCAGUUUGAUAGUGAACAACGUCGUAAAUAUGGCUCUGAGAAUGGAGAAGAGAUGCCACGUUUCAUUAGUAGUCCACAGAGACAAGCUUCGCCUUUUCCUCUAGAAAGCACAAAUCGUCGUUUUUACAGAAGAAACCGGAAUUCUAAAGGCGAAGAAAUAUUUAAUGGUGAAUCUACUGGCGGGACUCUGUCUCGUCGCAACCGACGAACCGACGACUUUUCUCGUGAAACCAAUGGUCGUGGCAGUCGAAUGUGUCAAAUGAAUGGGCCGUCAAGUGGAGCUCAAAGCGAGCGCGAAUGUGAUUCACCUCCGGAGCCCGCCCCUCCAGAAGUUCCACCGCGGGGCCCCUCGCUUCAUGUCACCCUGCGGCAUCGUCCAGCGCCCGACCAGCCUGCUGACUCCGAUCGUCUAUUUUUGUCUGAAGCGAGAAAACUUGAGAUGAACGUGGUGACAAAAAAAAAUGAUGAGUAGACUUUAUUAGCAGCCGUUUACCGUAACAGAUAAUAAAAAAUGUAAUCGUCG